UGCUUUUCUGCCUUCCAUUCAGCAGGUCUCAGACGGAGACUGCAAGAGGCAGUGGGUGCCUGCAGCUUCCAGGACCUUGGGUCUUCCGAAGCCAGACCCCAGCCAUGCUUGACGUGAACACGGUUGUGUUGGGGACCUUGAUCCUUGUGUACCACCUGGGGAAAUUUUACAGCCCCUAUUUUUGGCAGGACGUGGUCUCCUUCUUUCGCGUCCUUCAUACAGGAUACAAAUGCCACAGGUGUAUCAGCCGCAAACCUCCGGUCACCUUACUGGACUUCUUCUUGGCCAAAGUCCAGAAGCACCCAGAGAAGCCCUUGGUCCUCUUUGGAGAUGAAACCUAUUCCUACCGAGAUAUCGACAGGCGCAGCAGUCAGCUGGCCAGAGUGCUCCGGGACCACGUAGGGCUGAAGGAAGGGGAAACGGUGGCUGUUUUCCUAAAGAACGUCCCAGCCUAUCUCUGGGUCUGGAUGGGACUGGAGAAGAUUGGCAGUGUCAUGGCAUGUAUCAACUAUAACAUCCGAGCCAAGUCUCUCUUGCAUGCCCUCAGCUCCUGCAAGGCCAAAGUGCUACUGACAACUCCAGAUUUCAAGGAUGCCAUUGAGGAUGUCCUUCCUAUACUAAAGAAAGAGGGAUUUCGAGUUUUCUUCCUGAGCGAAGAAUCUCCAACUGAGGCCGUGGAAGCUUUGCUGGGGCAGAUCCAGUCCAGCUCCGCCGAGCCUGUGCCCAUUUCCUUCAGAGCCAACGUAACUGGUGAAUCUACAUCCCUGUAUAUUUUCACCUCUGGGACUACAGGGCUACCGAAAGCUGCUAUCCUUUCCCAGAGGAAGCUGCUGAUAGCAUCCAACCUACCAGGCCACCUUGGGGCCCGCCCCAAGGAUGUCGUCUACAUCCCUCUCCCGCUGUACCACACAAGUGCACUCGUAAUUGGGGUUGGAGGAUGCCUGGAAGUUGGGUCUACGUGUGUCUUGAGACCUAAGUUCUCCGUUUCUGAGUUCUGGAAUGACUGCAGACGAUAUCGCAUCUCCCUGAUCCUGUAUGUGGGAGAAAUGAUGCGCUACCUGUGUAAUGUGAAAAAGACAGACAGCGACCGAGACCACUGUGUGCGAAUGGCAAUCGGCAACGGCAUGCGGGUGGAGGUCUGGAAGGAGUUCCUGGACCGAUUUGGACCCGUCCAAAUCCAUGAGAUCUAUGGAGCCACAGAGGCGAACGUCGGGUUUUUUAACUACACAGGAAAAGUCGGAGCUGUGGGAAGGUCCCACUUCCUCUACAAGAAACUGACAAAGUAUGAACUCAUCAAAUAUGACGUUGACAAGGAUGAGCCUGUGAGGGACAAGAACGGACAUUGCAUCCCAGUGACCCCAGGUGAGACAGGCUUGUUUGUGGCCAAAAUCACUGGGAUUUCCCCGUUCUACGGCUACGCAGGAGACCAACAGAAGACGAAGAAGAAGAUUCUCCAGGAUGUUUUCACCAAAGGAGACUGCUACUUCAAUAGCGGCGACCUUCUGAUGGAAGACCAAGAAGGCUUUUUAUAUUUCAAGGACCGGGUAGGAGAUACUUUCCGCUGGAAAGGGGAAAACGUGGCCACUACGGAAGUGGAGACCACCCUGGCACCAUUGAGAUUUAUCCAGGAAGUCAAUGUCUAUGGGGUACCAGUCCCAGGCCACGAAGGAAAGACUGGGAUGGCUGCAAUCUGCCUUAAGAAGGGGCACUCCUUUGAUGGGCAGGAGCUGUAUGCGCAUGCCAAUGAUUUGUUGCCAGCCUAUGCUGUACCUCGCUUCGUUCGCAUCCAGGGCACCCUGGAGAUCACGGGCACUUUCAAACAGAUCAAAAGCCAGCUGGUAAAGGAAGGAUUUGACCCUGCUGUCAUCAGUGACCCCCUCUUCUUCCUCGAUGACUCUGAAGAAUGUUACAUGCCCUUGACUCCGCAGAUCUUCAGCACCAUUGCAGAGAGGCAACUGAAGCUGUGAAAAGGGGCAAUUGUCUCUUUAACUGCCCUCGUGGCAACCUAGGAACAACUAUAGUGUUGAGCUACUUGGCUUCUGCCUGGGAAAGGAGGGAUAAUCUAAUGCUACGGCACAGCUUUCGGUGACACACUUUUUAGACAUGCAUCAUUUUGUGACACAGUAAUUCAGUUUUACAAGCAAACCAGAGAUUAAACGAACCCCUUUCCAGUCCCGAGAGGAGCACCGGGAGCAUUCACACGACACACCUACACACUGCAGCUGACACAUGAACGUGUCACGACACACGGUUCGGAAAGCUCUGUGACGUGGUUCUCAAAGUGGGCAGUUAACCACCCCGGGUUGUGGUGAUGGGAUUACACAGUGGGUGCUAAGAGACAAGUGGGGUGAUAUUGGAGGUGUAAAUGACUAUCAGACUUUGAAAAGCUGGUAUCACUGGAUUGAGUCCAUCAAAUGUGUUUAAUCAGUUGAACUAAAUAUUUUAAUUGGAUUUUGAACAAAUGUGAAAUUAAUUGCUACCAUUUUGAAUCGUAUUGUGCUAUUAUCUUCCUUAGUGGGUGGUGCAGACUGCUGUUCUGAACAAUGCUUUUUAUAGAUUAGAAGGCACUGGGGAUGAGAUUAUGGAACCAAAUGUUUGUGGCCCGAAAAGGUUUGGGAACCACUGAUUAAAUGUUUAUUUCUCAUCUGCUAACUCCAGGGUGUGAGCGUGCAUAUAUACUGGUAUGCAUAUGCUCUUGAGUGCAUUGGGAUUUAGUGUCUGCUUGUAUACACAUUGCAUGUAGUGUUCUAACAACACACUGUCUUCUGACUAAUAGCGUAUUGAUGCUUCCCUUAUGAAGUGCUGCAUUUUGAGGAAUCCCCCCUUUCCCCCCCCCACAGCAAGCUUGGAUCCAGACUGCAUUUCAAGCUGCUAAUGCAUACACUGUCAUAGAAUACCAUGUUUCUUUGUAGGAAUGGUGUUACAUUUAAAUUGGUAUAAAGGAGUAUUAAGAGCUCCACAAUCGUGGAUCAUGCAUGCUGAGGUGCAACAUUACAUGCUGAUGUUCGCAAAUGUAUGCAUAUGUAAAUCUAGAUAUGACAUACAAGUUACAUGCAAAACUCCAAAGGGAGAUAAGAAAGUUUGAAUUCUGUUUCUUCUUAUUUGAAUCUAUCUCCCUUUUCCUUACAAGUGAAACUGUGGAAAUAUAUUUUGUUAGACGUUCAUUUUUUAUUUUUUUUCAAAAAUCAUAAUUGCAGCAACAAUCACUGGGUGAGCAGGACUUUUGAUCAUGGAAUGACUUCCUGAAGUCUCAAGAAGUUCAGAAACCACCUCAUAUGUUGCCGACUCAUGCCAAAGCAGGGAAACCAACGAUCUUUCUGAUCACAUCCCUGAUUUCUUUGUUUCUCAGAGUAUAGAUGAUGGGGUUGAAAAGAGGGAUAAAAAAGGCAUAGAUGACUGCAACGAUCUUGUCAUAACGUCCCGAUCCCAUCCAUGUCAAGUGCAUGUACAUGAAGCCAGUAGUUCCAAAAAAAGUAAGGACCACAAUGAGGUGGGAGGCGCAAGUGGAAAAAAGAUCUUAACAAUGACUUUCAGUAUCUUCAUGUAUGAGAGGAGGAUGAGAAAGAUGAGGGCCAGGAUGGCGAUGGUGUGGAGGGCGAAAUCCAACAUGAUGUUGGUCGAUAUGUCUGUGCAAGCGAGACUGAUCACCUGAGGGAAGUCACAGAAUAUAUGAUCUAUAUGACUAGGCCCACAGAAGGGCAACCUGGAAGUCAGAACAAUCUCCGGCAAAGGACAUGCAAAACCACACACACAGCACCCCAGCACGAGCUGAAUGCAAAGUUGGGGCGUCAUCUUGGUCAUAUAGUUUAACGGGGCGCAGAUGGCUAAGUACCGGUCGUAAGCCAUCACUGCGAGCAAGCAGGCCUCUGAGAUCCCCACGCUGUGGAAGAAAUAGAUUUGCUGAAGGAAAUGGACUUCUUGCUCCUCAGAAGGUCCACCAGCACCCUGGGCAUGGUAACGGUGGUAUAGAACACCUCCCAGGUGGCCAGCACAGCAAUGAAGAAAUACAUGGGGACGUGAAGGCGAGGAGUGGCAGAGAUGAGGCUGAAGGUGAGAGCAUUGGCACUGAGGAUGAGCAGGUAGAUCACUAAGAAGAUGGCAAAGAGAAGUAUGCCAUAGUCGCCCAAGUUGAGGAACCCAUCAAGCUCAAACUCAGACACAGAUGUGCCAUUGAUAGAUUCUACCUGCGUCAUAAGUAGGCUAAUCUAGAACAGAAAAUAAAAUCUAUGAAGAUGGGAGGCUGGCGAAUGGAAGGUCAUGGAGUUCAUGUAUGCAUCAGACUUUCACUGCAUUUCCCUGUAACUUGAAAGAUGUUUGCGAGGAUCAUUAUUACCACACAAAUAGUAUAGGACAGGUCAAUCUGUUUAACCAAAGGUCCAGAAAUUUUAUUUGGAUCUGUGUGUCAAUUACAUAAAACCCAGUUGUACUUCCAUUCUCAGAUAUGAUUGGAAAAAACCGUGGGUUGGGGGUGGGAGGGGAAGAGGAACAUUUCUUUUACGUGGCGCUUUCCGGGUCAUGAGGCCAGCAGGACUAAACCACUUCUGGCACAAUGGGAUACCGUGACGGAAACCAGAGUGCACGGAAACGCCGUUUACCUUCCAGCCUCAGCGGUACCUAUUUAUCUACUUGCACUGGCAUGCCUUCGAACUGCUAGGUUGGCAGGAGCUGGGACCAACCAACGGGAGCUCACCCUGUCGCAGGGGUUCAAACCGCCGACCUUCUGAUCGGCAAGCCCAAGAGGCUCAGUGGUUUAGACCACAGCGCCACCCGUGUCCUAGUAUUAGAAGCGAUGGUUAAUAAAGGCUGUGCACUGCUGUGCUCCCCCCCUGCUGAAAGCGAUGGGCACAGUCAUUGAAGACAAACAUAGUGCAUAAACAUAGGAUGGGGUGCCUCAUCGUGCAGGUGGCGAGAUCCCACCAAUCACAAGAGACAGGAAAGUAGAUAUUGCCCAUGGUACCUGGGACUGAAAUGAGUUCAUCUCUUUUCUUCAAAAGAGAGUUGUUUACUCUGCUUUCAAUGCCAGGACUCUAUAGCAUUUGGGAAGUGAUGACAGUGCCUCUGAGUGAUACAGCUUGUCUUUCCACCUCUAACAAACCACACCCAGUUCUCAAACAUUCAAGACUAAGAAGCAGAGACUGGAGGCCAGAUGAAUUAUUUCCUCAACGCUUUCAGAAGAUUAAUAAUAAUAAUAAUAAUAAUAAUAAUGUCUCACCUAUGAAUUGCAUCCCAUGAGGCAUCCCAAAGUAAUUUACAAUGUAAUAAAAACAUAUAUAAAAUAAUGCAAAUAUAAAAUAUGGUGUGUGUGGAUGGAUAGAUAGAUAGAUAGAUAGAUAGAUAGAUAAGAUAGGUAUUUAAAACAGCAACAGGACAUAUGUAAAAUCAAUUAUAUCCAAUAUAGAUACCAACAAGGACAGAUACCUUAAUUUAGUAGACUUGUUGAAAGAAGAACAUAUUUGGCAGGUGCCGAGAAAACAAGAGUGAUGGUGCCUCUGAUGUUUAAUGGGAGUUCCAAGGAGUAGAUGCUCCAAUGGCAAAGGCUCAAUUCUGGUAUUGUGGAGAAUGAUCAGGCAGUACCUGAAGGAUGCCUUCUCCUGCAGAAAGCAGUGGUUUUGAUUCGGCGUGUAGAUAAGUGAGACAAUCUUUUAGGUGUACCAAUCCCCUCGUCCACAAUGGAAAAAUAUUAUACCUUUCCAAGACCCUCGUGGACAUCCCUUGUUUACUGUUACUCAGACUAUAGUGCUUCAGAACAACACCGUUCCCCCAGGAAAGCAACCUACCCUAUUGAGUAUAAAUAUGAAUAUCUCCUAAAGUCCAACUAUACCUGGAGGGUUUUAGACUGGAAGAAAUUGGAUCCAAAAGCUCUGGAGGCCCCAAACAUAAGGCUGACUCUUUUUCACACACCACAGGAGCCCCUGCGCUGCAAUUCACACAACACACCAGGGAGUAGUAAUUCCCACUGAGUUUAUUUGUGAGUAAAUGCGCUGAAGUGUGCAGAGAAAAGAAAUGCAAUGGUGCACCUGUAGUCUCUCCCAUAUUGGUCUCCAAAGCCACAGCUGGUGCUGUAACUCUCCAGUGGUUUGACUUUAUCCCGGAAGGCACACAAUUCAAUUGUCUCCCGAGAUGCCAACACAAAAAUCCACUUAGGAGUGGGCUGCAUAUCUUUUGAAAGGGAAGGAAUGCCUCUCUUCCGAAAAAGUUUGCUCUUAUAGUUAAUGAGGGAGCUUUUAAAAUAGUUAAUUUGGGUAGUUGUCAUGCACCUUACUUGAAGGGUAUGAUUUUAAAAAGCAAAGAAAGCAGGAAACGAAUAAUCAAAACAAAUCUCCCAAAAGAACAA